AUGGACAGUCCUGAGCCUGACACGACACCUUUCGACGCGAUUUCCGUCCAGGGCAAUAAGCUUCUAAGACAAUACCAAGCAUAUCUCGAUAAAUCAACGCCCUACGUCGCCUACCGUUGGACUGCCACCGGUGUGCUGCUCGUCCUCUUCUUUCUUCGGAUCAUCGUCGCUCAAGGCUGGUACAUCGUCGCUUACUGCCUGGGGAUCUACCUGUUGAAUCUGUUCCUCGCUUUUCUCCAACCAAAGUUCGAUCCGAGUUUGUCUCAAGAUGAAGGCCUCGAGGAUGGUGAAGGGUCCACUCUGCCCACGAAGCAGGAUGAUGAGUUCCGACCGUUUAUCAGACGGUUGCCGGAGUUCAAGUUCUGGCAUGCGGCAACCCGAGCUGUCACCAUCAGCUUCGUCUGCAGUUGGUUUGAGAUCUUCAACUUGCCCGUCUUCUGGCCUGUUCUGGUUAUGUACUGGCUGAUUCUUUUCUCCCUGACAAUGAGACGACAAAUCCAACACAUGAUCAAGUAUCGCUACGUUCCAUUUUCGAUAGGAAAGGCGAAAUAUUCCCGCAAGUCAUGA